UUUUUUACUUUUUGAUAUCCAUCUAAUAUGAACAUUUUUGAUACUAAAGCUAAUUCUGAAGGUUUUUUUUCUAAAUAUGGAAGAUUAACUUCAUAAAAAUUUUAUAUUUUGAGAAAGCCUAAAGUGAUUUUAAAAUAAAAAGUGCAUUAAGAAGAUAAUUCAUUAUUUGUUGAGGAGUUCCCUUAAGAAAGCCCUAAAAAUAAAUUAAUUAUUGAUAAAAACCUAUUUCCGAUUUACUAACCAAAAAAAAAUAUUCUAAAAAAUUUAUCAAAAACCCUUCAAUUUCAAACACCAUUAAGAUCUAGAUCCCUUUAAUUUACCAAAAAAAAAUCACUUUAGAAUUCAGAAAGUCUCAGUUGUAGCAAGUUAUCUAAGAACUUCAGAGAUUAAUCAAUUGAAUAAAAAAAAAAAUAAAUAAACUAUAGCAGAAUAUAAGGAGAAAUAGAACAACUAUAAAAUUUUUGA